UGCUAAUGAAAAUAGUGCGGAUGAAAUUGACGAUCUAUUUGGAGGUGUGGAAACCUAUAGUCAAGCAGAUGAUCAGACAGUCGAAGAUGCGAUAAAGUUAGGUGCACAAGAUGGAUUGCGUUGGCGAUACAAGAAGGAUCCAAAUACAGGUAUAGAGACUAAUGAAAAAGAAUCAAAUGCCAGGAUAAUAAAGUGGAGCGAUGGAUCAAAGACCCUACUUAUUGGAAAGGAACAAUUUGAAAUAUCUAGUGAAUCUCUAGAAUCAAAACACCAAUUUCUCACGGUUCCUCAUCGAGGAUCAAAUACGCUUGAGCUUCAUGAAAAGCUCAAUGAGCAUAUUACUUUCUGCCCUAUUACAGGCAGCACUACUCAUAAGAAAUUAACCAUAGCCAUUCAAUCUAGGCAUGCAAAGCAAGUAAAAACUCAGUUUGUUGAUAUGAAUAAAGAUCCAAAAUUGAUUCGGCUCCAAAUAGAGGCUGAAAGAGAUAAAAAACAUAAUGUUCAAAAGCGCAUGGCAAAUGCGAAUCGCGCUCCCAAGGGACGUAAAAAGCAUGAUGAUGAUUCUGAUGCAGAAGAAAGAAAUCCUGCAUUUGGCGUUAGUAAACCGCGGAAUGAUUCUUAUGAAGAUGACUCUGGAUUUGUGGUUGCAGAUGAGGACGAAGACGAUGAGUUUGAUAGACUAAGGCGGCGUCGCAAAGGAAAAGAGAAGAUUGAUAGCUUUCGUAAGAAAACAACAUCCACAUUGAAAUCCAAAAAGCACCGCAUUUAUGAUGACGACUCAAAUGAUGAAGAUGAUUCCUUUCAAAUGGAUGUCGAGCCGUCUUACGAACAUCGCGAUCGUCAUGAACGAUCUAAAAAGCGAGUAAAAGAGCAUCAUCAUAAUGAAGAAAUACCAAAAUCUCGAAAGAAUAAUAGUUUUGAGGAAUCAGAUGGUGAGAAUCAAGGAGAAUCCCAAGAUCGUAAUGAACACCUUAAGAAACGAAUAAAGGAGCAACAACGUAUUACUGAGGAAGAUGAGGAGAUUAACGUUGUAGAUCAAAUUCUUAGUGAACCUGACGAAGAUGAGGAAGAGGAAAUGCCAGUU